UAUGGUUAUGUGUUACUAAUCUUGAAUUUUAAUAACAUGAGUUAAUCCACCUAUUUUCUACGAGUGUGAUUGAUAUGCAAAUACGAUUAGUUAAUUCACCAAUUCUCAUGUUUUGAUUAUUUCAGCUAGUUUCAUUUUAGACAUUGAAAUAGCAAACCCAAACACACCGUUUCAUUCCACCACACCGUUUGGUAUAUCUACGUACAGAAUUAUAUGUGCUACAGAAAAUAACUGAUAAGACUAGUAUUUCACCAUGAGCGAAGAUUUAACUCCAAAUGGCGUAGAUGUUACCAAAUAUGGUUCCUUGCAGCAUGAUUUUGCAUUCAUUCAUAAGAACGAAUCUUUCGUGAAAACCUUUCAAGGAAUUGAGGAUUUUUGCCAGCAUGUCGGCGAACAGUAUGACCUGUACCCAGUCCUCUCUUUGAAGCAACAAGUACAGCUCGAUAUUUUGUCGCUGUACACCGUCAAUUCGAUGUUCUGGAUGCACGAAAAAUCCAAAGGAUCGCCUCCGGAAGCGAUGACGGACAUAAGGCAUAAUCUAACUCAGGUUCAGAAUAUCAUGAAGCGAUUCAAAAUGAUCCAAGAUAAAAAUUUGCGACCUUGUCUCCACAAGGCAGCCGUAGGGCGGUUCGUCCGGGCUGCUCUGUACGACAUAGACAACAAAAAAGAGCACGAACACGGCGCCCCAUUGAUGAAAAAGAAACGUCGUGAAAUGUAAUACAACAAUAUCAGCACUAAGAUGAUCACGAUUCGCUCCGGUUGUGGUGAAAAGAGAGUGAAUGGCCAUCAUUAGAAGUAAAAAUCAUGUAAUAUGAAAAUUGUAUUAUAACGGAUUGCGAAGUGUACUAGCUUUGCGCGAAACGAAAAAAGUGAGCAUGUUUAUUAAUUAAAUAACCGGUCAGACGGCUAGAU